UAAAGGCAAGGGUUGGAGUCUUGUACUUGAAGACUGCUGUAGAAAGGAACCAGCCUCCCAAUUACUGCACUCCCCAACUCCAAGGACUCCCCUUCUCCAAUGCAUAGAGGAAUCUGCUGACCUUCCUUCCCACUUCCUCUAAAGCUAGCAGCAGUAGCAGGAUGGAAGAUUCCCACCUCUCACCCCCUCCUACUUUUGCAUGCUUUGAGGCCAAGGAGGGUUGGGUUUAGUCCUUUAAAGCAUAUUGCAUGGACUUGUGUCUGGUGGACACCAUUAAGAUAUUCCUUGCUUAUGGUAGCCCUGUGACAGUAAUAUUCCCCUGAGCAUGCAUUAGAUAUCCUGUCUUUGGCACUGAAUUCUUUGUGAGUGUGGAUGGUUACAGCCAGUGUAUGCCUUUGAAUACCUUCCUUUCCUUGGUUGCUACAUUGAGAAUCCUUGCAUAUCUUGUUUAUAUUAUAUAUGUGCAGUAUAUGCUUCUGCAGCUUAGAUUAUUCAUCUUCAGUAUCAGGCUCCUCUCAAAUACUACUUCGACAUCUGCAACACAUCUCUACUCCUCUCAUAUCCUCCCGACUCACAGAUCAACGCAGGGAGAGCUUGCAGUACUUAGUAGCAGUGGCACCCGCCAUGGGUUCACCGCCCGAGCUCAGCCUAGACUACAAGCUCGACAACUACACGGCGGUCGCAAAGGCGGCAGGAGCGCAACCUGAGCAGAACCAGAAGAUCCAGGAGUUCCUCGCUCGCCUCGAAGAAGAACGGCAUAAGAUCGAAGUCUUUAAGCGCGAGCUGCCUCUCUGCAUGCAGCUUCUCAACAACGCCAUUGAGAUUUAUAAGCAGCAGUUGCAAGAACGCGUGCCGCUUAAAUACAUGAAUGUUGAUGGGUCCGACAAGGCCAACUGGAUGGUCUCGGCUCAGCUAUGGAGUCCGCCUGACGACGCAGCCAAGCAGCAGGCGGCGCCGCCGCCGAAAGAGGCCGACGUGAUUCCGAAGCUCGCGCUGGACACCACCAAGCAAAGGAGCGGUGGCGCGUUCCUUCCCUUCUCGAGGGAGAAGAGCAGAGGAGCCCACGCUACCUCUGCGGAGAAGGUGGUGGAGGAGGAGAAGAAGUGUGCGGAGUUGGAGAAUGAAAUUGUUAACACCGGAAGACAUAGUGCCGCCGAUGGACAUGGAAACACAGCUGAUGGCCAGGCGGCGGCGGCGCCACCGACGCAUAGGAAGGCCAGGAGAUGCUGGUCGCCGGACUUGCACCGCCGCUUCGUCAAUGCUCUUCAGAUGUUAGGAGGCUCUCAAGUUGCGACUCCAAAGCAGAUUAGAGAGCUGAUGAAGGUUGAUGGAUUGACCAAUGAUGAGGUGAAGAGCCACCUGCAGAAAUACCGACUCCAUACGAGGAGGCCGAUCCCGGCGCCGCAUGCGGCGGCGGGCGCGGGGGCGCCGCCGCAGCUGGUGGUGCUGGGAGGCAUCUGGGUCCCUCCAGAGUACGCCACGUCGGCAGGUCCGGCCAUGUACGGCGCUCACGCGGCCCCCGUGCCCCGGGAGUUCUACUCGCCGGUGCCGCACCACCACUACCACCACCUGCACUACCCUCCCCUCGGACUCGGCGCCUCCACCCCCGCCGCCAGUAGGGGGAGGACGGCUGAUUCGCCGGAGCCCGAGGUGAGGAGCGGCGGGGAGAGGUCGGAGAGCAUCGAGGAGGAGGAAGAAGAAGUGCGGAAGAGGGACGAAGAGGAAGAGGAGGAGGAGGCGCCGGCGUCGGAGGAGAAGGCGUUGGUGCCUCUGAUGGUGAAGGCCGAGGACGACAACGGCGGCGACGUGGUCCUCAAGAUCUGAAAGCGGAGACCUGAAGCAGAGAGAGAGAGAGGGAGGGGGAGGGGGUUGAUGUCGUCUGUUUUGGAGCUUGCGAUAAGGACGAGAGCUGAUGAUUGAUUUGAUUCUACGCUGCAGCGGUGCGUUGUGAUACGAAACAUGUACUUGUUUUAUCUCGUCUUCUGCUUCUAUAUCAGCAACUAACCACACCAUGGCGAGUCAGUACAAAUAGGUGUAAUCUGGAUUCGAAUCAAAUCCAACUUGGACUCGGCUCGGGUUGGGUCAAUUGCACCAACAUCGACCUUGGUGUUCCACUCAUAAUCUGGCAUGGCCACAUCAAUAUGAUUAAUGACUCUCUCUCUCUC